UACACCAAACCGCUCACGUUUGCUGACUGCAUUAGCGAUGAGUUGCCGCUGGGAUGGGAAGAGGCGUAUGACCCACAGGUUGGCGAUUACUUCAUAGACCACAACACCAAAACCACUCAGAUUGAGGAUCCCCGGGUACAGUGGCGGCGAGAACAGGAACACAUGCUGAAGGAUUACCUGGUGGUGGCCCAGGAGGCUCUGAGCGCACAAAAGGAGAUCUACCAGGUGAAGCAGCAGCGCCUGGAGCUCGCACAGCAGGAGUACCAGCAACUGCAUGCCGUCUGGGAGCACAAACUGGGCUCCCAGGUCAGCUUGGUCUCUGGUUCAUCAUCCAGCUCUAAGUAUGACCCUGAGAUCCUGAAAGCUGAAAUUGCCACUGCAAAAUCCCGGGUCAACAAGCUGAAGAGAGAGAUGGUUCACCUCCAACAUGAGCUGCAGUUCAAGGAGCGUGGCUUCCAGACCCUAAAGAAAAUCGACAAGAAAAUGUCUGAUGCUCAGGGCAGCUACAAACUGGACGAAGCUCAGGCUGUCUUGAGAGAAACAAAGGCCAUCAAAAAGGCCAUCACCUGUGGAGAGAAGGAGAAGCAAGAUCUUAUCAAGAGCCUUGCCAUGCUAAAGGAUGGCUUCCGCACUGACAGAGGGUCUCAUUCAGACCUGUGGUCCAGCAGCAGCUCUCUGGAGAGUUCAGGUUUCCCACUGCCGAAACAGUUUCUGGACGUGAGCUCCCAGACGGACCUCUCGGGAAGUUUCGUCACCAGCAGCAACAAUCAGCUGGCAGAGAAGGUCAGGUUGCGCCUUCGGUAUGAAGAGGCAAAGAGAAGGAUUGCCAAUCUGAAGAUCCAACUGGCCAAGCUCGACAGUGAGGCCUGGCCUGGCGUGCUAGACUCGGAGAGGGACCGGCUGAUCCUCAUCAAUGAGAAGGAGGAGCUGCUGAAGGAGAUGCGUUUCAUCAGCCCCUGCAAGUGGACCCAGGGGGAGGUGGAGCAACUGGAGAUGGCCCGGAAGCAGCUGGAGAAAGACCUGCAGAUGGCCCGGGACACCCAGAGCAAGGCACUGACGGAGAGGUUAAAGUUAAACAGCAAGAGAAACCAGCUGGUGAGAGAACUGGAGGAAGCCACUCGCCAGGUGGCAACUCUGCACUCUCAGCUCAAGAGCCUCUCAAGCAGCAUGCAGUCCCUGUCCUCAGGCAGCAGCCCUGGAUCCCUUGCGUCCAGCCGGGGCUCCCUAGCCGCGUCCAGCCUGGACUCCUCCACCUCAGCCAGCUUCACAGACCUCUACUACGACCCCUUCGAGCAGCUGGACUCGGAGCUGCAGAGCAAGGUGGAGUUCCUUCUGGAGGGGGCCACGGGCUUCCGGCCCUCGGGCUGCAUCACCACCAUCCACGAGGACGAGGUGGCCAAGACUCAGAAGGUGGAAGGUGGCGGCCGCCUGCAGGCCCUGCGCUCCUUGUCUGGCACCCCCAAGUCCAUGACCUCGCUGUCCCCACGCUCCUCGCUCUCUUCCCCAUCCCCACCCUGCUCCCCUCUCAUUGCCGACCCCCUCCUGGCUGGGGAUGCCUUCCUUAGCCCCCUGGAGUUUGAAGACCCCGAGCUGAGCACCACCCUUUGCGAACUGAGCCUUGGAAGCAGCACCCAGGAAAGAUACCAGCUGGAGGAGCCAGGAACCGAGGGCCAGCAGCUGGGCCAAGCUGUGAAUAUGGCCCAGGGCUGUGGCCUCAAAGUGGCCUGUGUCUCAGCUGCAGUGUCGGAUGAGUCCGUGGCGGGAGACAGUGGUGUGUACGAGGCUUCUGCGCAGAGACUGGGUGCUUCAGAAGCUGCUGCAUUUGACAGUGAUGAAUCAGAAGCAGUGGGUGCAACCCGAGUUCAACUUGCUCUGAAGUAUGAUGAGAAGAAUAAGCAAUUUGCAAUCUUCGUCAUCCAGCUGAGCAACCUUUCUGCUCUGUUGCUGCAGCAAGACCAGAAAGUGAACAUCCGUGUGGCUGUCCUUCCUUGCUCAGAAAGCACCACCUGCCUGUUCCGGACCCGGCCCCUGGAUGCCUCAGACAGUCUCGUGUUCAACGAGGUAUUCUGGGUGUCCAUGUCCUAUCCAGCCCUUCACCAGAAGACCUUAAGAGUCGACGUCUGUACCACCGACAGGAGCCAUCCAGAGGAGUGCCUGGGAGGCGCCCAGAUCAGCCUGGCUGAGGUCUGCCGGUCUGGGGAGAGGUCGACUCGCUGGUAUAACCUACUGAGCUACAAAUACUUGAAGAAACAGAGCAGGGAGCCCAAGCCAGCGGGGGCCAUAGGCCCCACCCCUGGGCCUGCAAGCACGGAUGCUGUGUCUGCUCUGUUGGAACAGACAGCGGUGGAACUUGAGAAGAGGCAGGAGGGAAGGAGCAGCACGCAGACUCUGGAAGACAGCUGGAGGUACGAGGAGAACAGUGAGAAUGAUGCAGUGGCUGAGGAGGAGGGAGAAGAGGAGGAGGGAGAGGAGGACGUCUUCACUGAGAAAGUCUCACCUGACAUGGAUGGGUACCCAGCGGUAAAGGUAGACAAAGAGACCAACACAGAGACCCCGUCCCCAUCCCCCACAGUGGUGCGGCCCAAGGAUCGGCGGGUGGGCACCCCAUCUGCAGGGCCAUUUCUUCGAGGGAGCACCAUCAUCCGUUCCAAGACUUUCUCCCCUGGACCCCAGAGCCAGUACGUAUGCCGGCUGAACCGGAGUGAUAGUGACAGCUCCACUCUGUCCAAAAAACCACCUUUUGUUAGAAAUUCCCUGGAGCGACGCAGCGUCCGGAUGAAGCGCACAUCGCCACCCCCGCAGCCUUCCUCGGUCAAGUCCCUGCGCUCGGAGCGCCUGAUCCGCACCUCGUUGGACCUUGAAUUGGACCUGCAGGCCACAAGAACCUGGCACAGCCAGCUGACCCAGGAGAUCUCAGUGCUGAAGGAGCUCAAGGAGCAACUGGAGCAAGCCAAGAGCCACGGGGAGCAGGAGCUGCCGCAGUGGCUGCGGGAGGACGAGCGCUUCCGCCUGCUGCUGAGGAUGCUGGAGAGACGGCAAGUGGAUCGAGUGGAGCACAAGGGUGAGCUUCAGACAGACAAGAUGAUGAGGGCAGCCGCCAAGGACGUGCACAGACUCCGAGGCCAGAGCUGCAAGGAGCCCCCCGAAGUGCAGUCUUUCAGGGAGAAGAUGGCGUUUUUUACCCGGCCUCGGAUGAAUAUCCCAGCCCUCUCUGCAGAUGACGUCUAAUCACCAGAAAAGUAUUCCCUUUGUUCCACUGACCACGCUGUGAACACUGACUGUGGCUAAAGUUAUUUAUGUGGUGUUAUAUGAAGGUACCGAGUCACAAGUCCUCUAGCACUCUUUUUGGUUUCAAGAUGAACAGAUUUUUUUAGUUUGGGUUCUAUUGUUAUUAUUAAAAACAAAAAAUUUAAAAAAAAAACAGAAACAAAAAAACCAGCAUUAAAAUGACAAGAUUGUAUAGUUUGUAUAUUUAGGAAUGUAUUUUUGGGAAAGAAAAUUUAAAUGAACUAAAGCAGUGUUGAGUUGCUGCUGUUCUUAAAAUCAUUUAGAUUUGUUUGUUUGUUUGUACAGCUCUGCCUUUUAGAGGUCUUACUGCAAUAAGAAGUCAUGUUCUGGGGACGGUAAUCCUCUAAGGAUGUCCUGCACCUGUCACAGUACAGCUAACUUUUCCUAGUUAACAUAUUUUGUACAAUAUUAAAAAAUGCACAGAGACCAUUGUGGGGGGGUUCCAAGGUACAUCCACGAAUCUUCAUGUGCUGUGAUGUGUUUUUAUGUGGCCGCCUGCGUGGAGCGGCCCGUGCAGGCCACUGGCCACACGGGUCUCAGAUGCCCAGUGAAGCCACUGACAUGAGUGAGGGGAGGGCUGUGGGGAACCCCAUUCCGUUCUAUCUCCAUCAAUAAAGUGGCCUUUCAGAAAGAA